CUGAACAGAUCACACUGGUUUCCUCUUGUUUUUCUGACGUGGGAUUUUCUCCUGAAGGGUUAAUUUCGGUCGUUCUCUGGUGGUCCUGUAACGUGUGGAACGGGCCCACCCCCCACCAUUGUUCUUUGGGGGGUACCCUGAUCCACACUGGAAAAGGCUGGGAGAGAAAGAGCUCAGAAAGUGGUAAUUUACUGAUUGUGAUUUUGUGGAAAAUCGGCAUUAUUUAUUUGGAAUUUUCCUGGUUGAGAAAAAGACAGCAUUUAUUUCUCUCCGGGAGUUUAUAUACUUUUCGUGUGAUCAAAAAUUUAGGAAUUUAUCAGUUCCUUAAGAAUAGCAUUUUUGGAGUGAUUCUUUGUGCCAAAGUUAAAACAGUAUUAAGCUACAGUAUGGAGCCAGAAGCAUCAGUCCUCGCCAAGCUCUACUGACAGUUACUGGGCAAGCACACAUACCCUGUAUGGCGUGUUUAUGAUGUAUGGGAAACUAAGAUCUUAAGGGACGAUACUCGGGAUCCCGUCUGGACCAGUGCAGGUUCACCCUUUACGGGGGCAACUGGAGGUUCACACUUAACGGUUUGCCACCGUGGUACUGAGACUAACUCAAGACCUUCAUCCUGAGACAUCGCAGGCCGUAACGAAGGUUGAUACACAUUUCCGUGGAGGUUACAAGAACCAAGAGAGACUGCUGAAUAAGAACUGUUCCAGUUGAACUAGAGGCAUUUUUUAAAUCAAUUUUUUGUGGAAAUCAUGAAGCUGGAGUGCGAAUUCUUCACAGGCUCUGCCCGCAUCAUGUAUCAAGAGUCAACUAUGGAUGUUAUCAAGGAUAUUGCCAACAUGCCAGGGCAGGAAGAUGCUUUCUUUGUGCUGGAUGUUGGCGAUAUAAUUCAGAAAAUAAAAGUAUGGCAGUUGAAGAUGCCCCGGGUAAAACCCUUUUAUGCUGUGAAGUGCAAUGACAAUCAGACUGUUUUGGAACUACUGGCAGCUUUGGGCACAGGAUUUGAUUGUGCUUCAAAGGCUGAAAUCCAGAAGGUUUUGAAUUUGGGGGUGGACCAGUCCCGUAUCAUCUAUGCUCACCCUUGUAAACCUGCUUCUCAUCUGCGACAUGCUGCCAAAGUGAAGGUUCCUCUAAUGACAUUUGAUAAUGAGACUGAACUUUAUAAAGUUCAGGCUUAUUAUCCUGAUGCAGAGUUGGUUCUUCGAAUUAGAUGUGAUGCUGAGGAUGCACAGUGUCCACUGGGAAUCAAAUUUGGUGUGUUCCCUGAAGAUGCUGCUGCACUCUUAGCAACUGCCAAAUCACUGGAUCUAAAUGUUGUUGGAGUUUCUUUCCAUGUUGGAUCUGGAUGUCGCGAACCUGCAGUGUUCUAUCGUGCAAUCUCUGCAGCAAAGCAGGUUUUUGAGGAAGCAGAAGCUCUUGGAUUUAAUCCCAACAUCUUGGACAUAGGUGGAGGAUUCCCUGGAGGUCAUGAUUCAAGUUUGGAUGAGUUAGCUAGGUACAUCAAUGAAGCCCUUGAUGAGUUUUUCCCGGAAGACACUGGGGUUAAGGUAAUUGCAGAGCCAGGACGAUACGUUGUUGCAUCUGCUUUUACAUUAGCUACCUCUGUUGUAGCCAAGCGUGAAGUUUGUGAUGACAAUGAUGCUGUAGUAUCCACUAUGUAUUACACCAAUGAUGGGGUAUAUGGAUCUUUCAACUGCACUUUAUAUGAUCAUCAGACUGUACAUCCAGAAGUCCUCAAGGAUGUUCCUGCUGGUGAAGACCACAUGACCUGCUCUGUCUGGGGACCAACUUGUGAUGGCCUGGACCAAGUUGUCUCUGAAGUGCAGCUACCUAGCCUUGACUGUGGAGACUGGUUGGUCUGGCGAGAUAUGGGAGCAUAUACAUUAUCAGCUGCAGGGACAUUUAAUGGCUUCCCUAUUCCGAAGGUGCAUGUUGCUAUACCUCAUCAUACAUGGUUGUAUUUGGAAGAGUACUUGGGAGCAAAUUUGAGCUUUUGCCCUGUUGAUGGAGCUGCUGUGCAUAGUAAUUACCUUGACUCCAGCUCUCUGCCAUUCUUCACUCCAGCAUUUUGUCACCGUGACGCUACCAGUCAUGACCCUGUGAGCUUUGAAGAUCAGUUGGCACAACUUGACAUCAUUGAUGUUGGAGAAAUGUAAACUGCCUCCUUUGUUUCCAAGAUUAAUGACAAUGAAGCUUUUCAGCGAAUUACAAUCAUGAUGCUAUUAGCAAUGCAGUGACGUGAUUUUAGUAUUUUUUUUUUUUUUAUGCUUAAUCAUUGCUUUAAAGAGAAUCUUAUCAUCAUGACUGCUUUGCCUCCUGCAAUGCAAGUCAUUUUUACCCGUAGUUUGUAACAUGAUCAAUAGUAUGACUGUGGGUGUAGAGAUAGUGUACUCCCUGGAAUACUGAUGAAUCAGUGUUAGGGUUUAUUACUUUUUAUUUUAUUUAAAAUGACCAACCUUAUGUCUAGUUACAGAUAUAGAGCAGGUAUUUAUUUUGUUUUGUUAUAUUAGGUUUUAAGCCUACCAGUCUUAUAUUUAUCAUGACUAAAUUUUUUUGGUAAUGUCUACUGCUUAAAGUUAUUACUUGUCAGCUUUUCAAGUUUUAUCUAUUUUAAGUUAUUACCGAGAUAAGGUAUCAGUAUUAGCUGGACCUAAUUGUCUUGAUGAGAAUGUUGGCUCUAGGACCACAGGGUUUGUGCUCAGUAUUAAUGUCUGUCUAUUGGUAAAUGGACAUUACCAGUUCUCUGGUGGAGCCUGUAACCCCACGGCAGUGUGUAUCAUCACCAACUUUACGGCACUCGUAUGUAGUGCGUAUAUUAUAUCGUGUAUGAAUUGGCAUAUUAAAUCUAUUGAUUUUA